ACUUAGACCGGAUCAACAACAACCAGGGAGCCACUCAGUGAGUCUAUAUUUUAGUAUCAAUCGAACAAGUUUGAGCUUUAUCUCAGUCUACCGUUCUGGCUGAUACGGAAUACAUUGAACAGUACCUCCCUGAGAACCAUUACGUGCAACGCAAUUCAACGCAAUGUCAGGUAUCAAGGAGAAAGCGGCAAUCGGUGUUGGAGUCGGAAUAGCAGUCUCAGCUCUGACGGGUGCUUAUUACUGGUACCAAGCCAAAGUCCGAAAUGCAUACCCAAAAGCAUGGCGUCGGGUCGGAACACUGUCCAAUCUGGCCUACUCCCCAAUCAAGUCAUGUAAAGCGAUUUAUCUAAAUGAUGCCGACUGUAAGGCGAUUGGAAUCGAAAAAGGACAAUGUCGUGAUCACAUGCUAAUGCUAAUCGACGGCUCGAACAAAGUGGUUACAGCGCGAGGCUACCCGCAUAUGCUCAAAAUCAAACAGGUGCCAAACGAUAAAGGAAUUACUGUCUCCGCGCCAGGGAUGGAUCCUCUGGAAAUCCAAUAUUCUGAUAUCGGCCAAGGAGAUACAAUUAAAGCUUCGAUAUUUGGAAGUGAUGUGUUCGUUGUUGAGUGCGGAAGGAAGUAUGACGAUUGGUUUUCCAAAUUCAUUGAUGAGAAAGAACGAGUGAAACUGGUCUUCUAUCCAUACCACACACCAACGAGAGUUGUGGAGAAAGCUUUGGCAAAUGGGAUAUUUUUGAAUGAGGACACUGGUGCCCUCCAAGAUAUCUCCAGUUAUAUGCUCAUCAACGAGGCAUCCGUAAACGAUCUAAACAAAAGACUCAAACGUCCAAUUAAUCCUAUGCAAUUCCGGCCGAGCUUCCUGGUCAAAACUGAUGGCCCAGCGUAUGAUGAAGAUAACUGGAACUGGAUAAAAAUCGGAAAUGAUGCAGUUUUCAGAACCGUGGCUCCUUGUUACAGAUGCAUUUUGCCCAAUAUAAAUAUGGAAACAGCAGAACGUGAUCCGGAUGGCGAUCCCCUUACUACCUUGAAAAGCUAUCGUUGCAAUCGUAGCUCAAAAAGUCCAGUGAUGGGGUUGCAACUUGGUAUCCGAACCCCUGGUUAUGUGAAAGUGGGAGAUGAAGUUUUUGUUGGUGCUUGAAAUUUCAUUCACCUUUUCAUUUGGCUAUUGUUACUCAAUGAUUUCUCGGUUAUACGAUUUGUGAUUGCAUUUUUAUAAAAAGUAUAAAUGGAAUAUAUAUAGUACAUAUGUAUGUAUAUAAA